AUGAAUUUAAAUAAGGCUGUAUCAUGCAAAGAUAUUAUUGAUCCAGAUCCUGAACUUUUAGUGUGGGAAAAAUGGAUAAAAAUAAGAAAAGAAGAAACAGAGAAUUUAGCUCGAAAGACACGAAGACCACCAGCUGAUUUAGCUAUGAAUUUACUGUCGAAAGUCCGAGAAAAUAAGGAAAGGAAAAUAGUGCUUGAAAAUUGUCAAAUUGAGAAAAAAGUAAGCGUGAGAAACACUUUAUGGGAACAGCCUCAACGAUUAAAGCAAAAGAGCUAUUGUGAACAAGUAUAUGAAGUACAAAGAACCCGCGCUGAACUUGGACGUCCUCGUAUUAUUGAACAUAUUGGAGUUCCUCGUCACAUACAACAAACAGAAAUGGGUAUAACAGAUGUUUCUAAACGGAAACCAUGCCCAAAGUUAGAUUCAUCGUAUAUGAACUACAGAGAAAAACGUGAAAGAGAAUUACAACAUAAAAUAAAGAAGAUAGAUCCUUUUCGGUCUCAAAUCGAUGACAUUAUGAUUAUAGGGAAAAAACCUAAACCACCUCAAAAAAAGAUGGCUCCUUUACCAUCUGUCGUCGUAACAUCUGACCCCGACAUCGACAAUGAUGUAAGCACUGUAUACGCAAUUAAAAUAAACGACAAUUUUCUUUUAAAAGAUGUUGGUGGCCAAGAAAUUGGUCAUUUAAUUAAAAUGCAAAAUGAAUCCUUGCAUGGCGCGUGCAAAUCUUGGUCUUAUUAUUUCAAUUGUCCGAUAAACAAAAUUGGGAGAAGUAAGAUUUUUUUACAAAACCUAGGAACAGUUACACUAAGAUAUUGUUGGAAAAGGGUGAAAUUACCCUUUGAAGAGACACAAGGUCAUGUGUUCUUCUUUAAUAAGAAUGAAAACGUCAUUUUUCCAGGACAAAACCAAGAGAUAUUAAUUACAUUCAUUUCUAGUAAAACUGGAAGUUAUAGUGAAUGUUGGGAAAUAGUAUUUUUAAAUACUUGUUUCUUUGGAAACCAACAUAAGCAGCUUAUUUUUAAUUUAUACGCUGAUGCAAUAGAAAAUGUAGCAAAGAUUAAAAACAAAAUUUUUAAAUUAAAAAAUAUAAUUUAUAACAAUGUUCUUAAGAAUAUGGCUAAAGAUAUAUUAGAAGAGAUUGUGCAAGAAGCUACAAGUAUUCAGCUGCAGAUAUAUCCAUACAGGAAAAGGUUCUUGGAAGCCGAAAUAUUUGUUAUGAAAAAUCCCGUUUGUUUUUAUCAUCAAACGGAAGUAGCGAAACUUAAUGAAAUUUUCUCAGAAAUGGCUCCAGAAGAAUCUUGGGACCUCUCUAUUAUAAGUUGGAGAUUAAAAAUGAUGAAAAAAGAAUACGAAGACCGAAUGAAAUAUUAUGAAACUCUAAGAAAAUCUCAUAGAGAAUGUUUAAAGCCAUGGUAUGAAGACGACGACUUGCUUGAACAAAAAUAUAAAGCAGUUAAACAAAUUCUUGGACACAUGUUUGACAAAUUCGAUGACGAAUACGCUCGGUUACCAGAAAAUUCAGAUGUUGAUGAUGAAACUGAAAAAAAUACAAGUAAGACAUCCCAGCGCGAAAAAAUAUCAAGUAAAACAGCCUCAUUUGCUGUGAAGAAUAUAUUUUAUCUUCGAGCGUAUGAACAUGUUGCAACUGCAAUGGAAAUGUGUGCUGGAUUUAUCAGUAGCUUAGAUUUGAACAGAUGGAUCGACUUUGAUUUUUGUCGAACAUAA